GGCACGCGGUAUGAAUUACAGCAGAUGUCCGAGACAUUGUAUUACUCAAUAUCGCAACCUGUUGGAUCACCUUCGACCGGCAGACUUCAUUUGGCGUCCAUACCUUAAUAUGGAUCAUGAGCAUCAGAUCAACCCUGAAGACGCAGCCGUAUGGACAACAUGCACACCGAUAAUACGGUUCACAACAGUGGAGCUGCACAACACCGACCGUGUGAAGCUGCAGUUUGGUAUGGUCCAGAAUAUCCCAGAUCCCCCAGCUAGCCUAGGAGAAUGGCAUAUGCGUAAAGUGAACGACCAAUGGAACUACAACCCUUGGCAAACCUUCGCAAGAUCAGAGUGUCGCAAGUGGAAGCACCGUCAUGACCAUGUCUUAACUGACGCAGUCAUGCCAAAUGAGGUAAAACCAAGUCGUACUUAUAUGGCUUGGUAUAGAUCAGUUGGAUUUCAAUUCAUCGCCGAUGAUAUGUACCUCUACGGCCCACGCCAGACAAGUUACACACAAGAAGGAUCAACAUCUAACCCCCAACAACAUUCUCAGCCCGGUUACUCACAACCACCUAUCCGACAAACUUUCCGUUCCACAAACACACAAACAUACAACCAAAACAUGCCAUUCACCCAACCCCAAAACCAAGAACAUCCCCCAUACCACCACCAACAAAUGGACCAUCAACCUUCGACCGAACAUCGCUUCGCACCCACACCAUCACCCUACCAAAGUCGCCUUACCCAAAACACUAACCGCCCCAUCACCUACCGUAGCCAAGAACCCCAAACAUCACAAUACCAAAACAUCCCACAACCAUAUCUCUUCCAAACACCCCAACAACCUUUCCAACCUUUCCUAGACCCAUCAUUGUCACCCAUGUCCCCCUUCAACCAUCCCGGUCGCCCAUCCAUGAGUCAACCACACCCCAACUUCUCUGGCAUGGGUCAUGAGCUCAGCUACGCCGGUACACCAUCAUUGAAUACUGAAGACUAUGCUGAGUUGGCUGAAUACCUCAACGGAUCUUCUCCUGUAGGAGGUAAUGACGCUCCUGGACCAUCAGAUGAACAAACACCGGUGCAGAAUCGUCAACGUGGGUUAGGGCCAAGGGUUAGGGUAGCUAGGGGAUGUGGGACCGGAGGUCGGUUAGGUGAUCCCGGUCAUCACCAUUAGGAUUCUUUGUGUAAAAUCCAAAUUUUAUUAAUAUCAAUUCGUAUUAUGUCAAAUUUAUCUUUGUGUA